UAGAUAAACAGAUGGAUAGUAAAGCUGAUAUAUCAUAAUCAACAGAGUCCAGAGAAGGAAUGCCAAAGCGAUUUGAAUAAAUUUCUCAUCGCGACGGGAUAGCGUCACGUGAUAGAUCUCGUAUCUUCGGCAAAUUACAAACACGCGACUGGGAAGGGGACAGUCUCAGCGCGUAACCCGAGUACUGAACUCAACCAGAAACUCGUCUCUGCUCGAUCACUGAGUUAAAUGUUCUCCUUGACUUCGGGAUAUGAAAGUAUUUGUGAGGAAAGAAGUGACUGAGGGCAUUCUUACCCUUUAUCGCGGAUUUUGUACCGGGGUCUCGCGGAAAAAAGCCGAAACCAACAAUGUGUUCCCCCGCGUGUCAGGAAUCGGACAGGAACUCGAGCGCACGCAUCCUAAACUCUACAACUCGGUGGCACGACAGCUGUCAAUCACCCUCACAUCAGACAAGUUUCAGGCACGGAGAGGCGAGGAAAGUCAGCAGCAUGCGUCGAGGUUCUGCAGCCUAAGCUCUCGCCAAGACGAACACAAAUACCAGCGUCUGUUCUUGCCUCGUCGCUGCCGCCCCAUUAGAUAUUUAUUCAUGUGAAAGUCUGGCUUUGCGUUCACACAGUCAUCAUCUCGGCUAGGCAACAUUGCAACAGCCGCGAGGGGAAAGUGGGGAGGAAAAAUGCAAUUGAUCUCGUCCUGAGGAGCGCGGGGCUUUCGAACGAGGCUGGGAUGGGCGCCGAUGUAGAAAUGUGUGUUGGAUGUGGAAAGACGGAGGUUUUGCUGCGUGAAGGAUGAAUAAAUAGAUGUAUAGAUUGAUAAUUUUGUUUUAUUGGUUGAUUAAAUGUGAAAGUUUAACGAGUGGAGGACGAAUUAGUUCUAGAAAAAAAGGAAUUAUGUGAAUGAACAGAUUAUCUUGGUUAUACAGAUGAAAAAAUAGAAUUGAUUAAAAGAGUGACACAAAUGCAGAAAUAAUAAAAAAUGAGAUAUUUAUAGAAAGAAAAGAAAGUAUAUAAAUGGCUAAACAAAUAGAUAAAUAUAUUUACUUACACAGAUAAGAGAAGUAAAAUAUGAUAACGUGAACAAAAAUAGAUACAAGAGAUCUUCCGCAGAAAGAAAUAUACAAAUAUUCUGAUAUAUUGCAACUUUGAGUGAGUUUAUUGGCCUCAAAAUGUGAAUAAACCUCUAGAAAAAAUACAAAGAAAAUAAGGAGAAAAACAGAAAAACCCGGCAAGAUAUGUAAUGACGUCAAAUACAGGAUUUACAUUUUUUUUCGUAUCAAUGCAAACAGGAAACACUCGACCAAUUGUUUUGUGGAUUUUCCGAACACAACUGAAACCCUAACGACAUAACGAGUGUCAAAAUUACCACCGGGAAAAUAACCAACCGCUGAACUACCCUCAAACUACGCCCGCAAACCCGCACUAACUAGCCAACAACCGCCCACA